UGCCACCGAAUUGAGCCUUCUCGGCCGGCAUAUUUGUGGAGCCACGCAUCUUGUGUGUGUGAAGGAACGGUUCUGCGUUCUUUCCUUGUCUCCAGCAUGCUUCCAAGCCAUUGGCUAUCGGGAAUUGAUAGCCUUCUUGCGCCUUGCGGAGCGUAUCUUUCAUCCAAGCUCGGCUUGUCGCGUCUGCCGGAGCAUUUCACUCUUGUGGUUUUAAGCGCCUUGACCUUCCACAUCAUUCAACUCCUCUCAGGCGUAUUUUCUCGUGUAAUUUUCCCAAAAACUUAUGGAAACCUCAAGAAAAACGUCAGGAGUAAUUGGGAUGCUCAUGUUGUGUCCAUGGCUCACGCAGUAACCAUUAUCCCACUCGCAUACUCCUUCAAAAUGAAAGGCUCUCCUAGCCUGGAGGAGGACCACGCUUUCGGAUGGGACCCGGAAAUUGGCUCUAUUAUCGGGAUUUCAAUAGGAUAUUUCAUGUGGGACAGCAUACAUUGCAUUUUGGACAUGACCGACUUUGGUUUUAUCGUUCAUGCUACGCUUUGUUUGGCAGUAUAUCUGAACGGCUACCGCCCCUUUCUAGCAUAUUAUGCAUGCUCAUUCUUGUUAUGGGAACUGUCUACCCCAUUUCUGAAUAUUCACUGGUUCCUCGACAAACUUGGGAUGACUGGUGGCUUUUUCCAACUCAUCAACAGCGCGGUCCUCCUCGUGUCAUUUUUUGGUGCUAGGCUUGUUUUCGGCACUUACAGCAGUUACGAAUUUAUCAACACCAUGCAAGAACUCAAGGCUAACCAUCAGAUCUCAACCAUCUUUUAUGCCGCAUACCUGUUUGGAAACGUCUCGCUGAACCUGCUGAAUUGGAUCUGGUUCUUCAAAAUGAUUAAAGCUCUCCGGAAGCGUUUCUCCAAGACCACAGAACCCAGGAGAAAUGGAACCGGGUAUCACGGAGAAAGCGCGAACGGGGCAACCAAGCAGGUCGCCAACAGCAGAUCGAAACGGAAAGUCAAACUUGCUUAGAUUGUAUCACCGCAAACCGCCAUCGAAUCCUGUAUGAAAAGAGCCGUAUUGUACUUCUCUGCUUUAGACAGCUAUUUGACUCUACUAAUAAUUUUGUACUGCAUGUAUCUGUUGCAUCAUUUAUCAUCAUGACAUAUCU